UAUAAUAUUUCUUAUCGCGUUAUGUUAUUUUUCCACAAUAAGUUGUAAUACCAUUUAAAACAGAUUAAACAUGGCUCAUGUUUCAUAUCCAUUUAAGAAGACCAACAAAUCUGUAUAUAAAAAACCGGCAUCGGUUCUCACUGAGGAUAACUUAUAUUGGAAGAAAUUAGGACAACCUGUGUUGGUGAAAGAAUUUGGUGCAAUAGAUUACCUCGAUUUCAGUCCUGUAGAACCGUAUUAUUUUGCUGCUACUUGCUCCGUGAGAAUACAGAUUUACGAUCCAAUCACAAAAACUGUAUCGAAGAAUAUAUCAAAAUUUUUAGAAGCAGCUUAUGGUGGCUCCUUUAGGAAUGAUGGAAGACUUUUGAUAGCAGGAAGUGAGGAGGCGGCUGUGAAGUUAUUUGAUAUUCAGUCCAAAAAUGUUUUAAGAGUAUUCACUGGUCAUACUGGGCCUGUCCAUAGAACUUUUUUCACAAAAGAUCAAACAAAAGUAAUCAGUUUUUCUGAUGAUAAAUCUGUAUGUCUAUGGGAUAUAGCCACUGAGGAGAAAAUUAAAAGUUUUAGUGAACAUGCAGAUUAUAUAAGAGCUGGUGCUCCAAGUCCAGUAUCACCUGAUUUAAUUUUAUCAGGUGGCUAUGACCAUAUGGUAAAACUGUAUGAUUGUAGAACUAAUGAAGCUACAUUAACUGUCAAUCAUGGAAGUCCCGUUGAGUCAACUAUUUUCCUACCAUCUGGUGGCUUGUUUGUUAGUGCAGGUGGAACAGAAGUUAAAGUUUGGGAUAUAUUCAACGGUGGAAAACUGCUAGCAAAUAUUUCACAGCACCACAAAACUGUAACAACAUUAAGACUAUCAAGUAAUGCUAGUCGAUUAAUGUCUGCUUCCCUUGAUAGACAUGUUAAAAUAUAUGACAUAUCAACAUUCAAAGUUGUUCAUAAUAUAGACUUUCCUAAUGCUAUUCUUAGCAUGGCAAUAUCUGACAAUGAUGAUGUUUUGGCUGUGGGUAUGAUUGAUGGAGUUAUAUCAAUAAGAAAACGAGAACAACCUAUAAAGCAAAAGGAAGAAAAUAAAGGUAUAUAUAAAUUUGCCCCAGAUCACAUUCAAACAUCAACAACCGUAGAUAAUGUUAUAAGUAAGCAAAAAACUGAGAAAGGACCGGAAUUUGAAAAGUUUCUCAGAAAAAUGGAAUUUGAUAAAGCUUUAUCAUCUGUCUUAAAAUCUUAUGUGGCAAGUAAAUUUCCAGAAAAGACAAUAGCACUUUUACAAGAAUUGCUACGUAGAAAAGUUUUGAAUGUUGCAAUUGAUGGUUUAUCAGAGAAAGAUAUUGGAGCAUUGCUAAGGUUCUUCAAAAAGUACCUCGGUGAAACGAGAUUUACACGAACCAUAAUUGACACGGUAAAUGUGUUUAUUGAUGUAUUUGAAAAUCAAAUAAAACUUUUCUCAGAACAGAAUUUGUGGUUGUACAACUCACUCAAAGAAGAAAUAAUGCAAGAAAUUGAUGUGUGUAAAAGAGCAAGUGAAUUGGAAGGUGCAAUAAGUCUUCUUUUGUCAGGAGCUCAAGUUGACUCUUCCAGAGAUAUGAUAGAAAAUAGUGAUAUGCUUGCUCCAUCAUCUAAGGCACAAAAAGAAAUAGUCAUUGAUGUAUAA